UCUUGAUUGGCAACCAAAUUCAUUAAACAAUGAAAUCACGUUUCUGGAGAGGGAGAUUUCCAUCAAAUUAAGUAAAGAUAAACUGAGCACAAAAAUAGGGUCGGUGGACAGUAGUAGAGGAGAGAGUGAGAUAGUGAUACUGAGUAAGAAGAAGCAGCAGCAGCAGCAGCUGUAGAACAGUGACGAUGAGGAAGAAGGCAGUGCCGACCACAAUGAUUGUAAUGGCAGUGAUCCUAUGCUUAUUCAAGUUAAUGGGUGUUUCUGCCUCGCAUCUCAGGCGAAAUCUGCUUGCCAAUGGCCUUGGAGUCACUCCUCCAAUGGGGUGGAAUAGUUGGAAUCACUUCAACUGCCGAAUUGAGGAGAAAACCAUCAAGGAAACUGCUGAUGCUCUGGUAUCCACUGGUCUUUCUAAACUUGGAUAUACCUAUGUUAACAUAGAUGACUGCUGGGCCGAAAUAGCACGCGAUGUCAAGGGUAAUCUAGUGGCCAAGAAAUCAGCAUUUCCAUCUGGCAUUAAAGCUCUUGUGGAUUAUGUCCACAGCAAGGGUCUUAAGAUAGGAAUCUACUCAGAUGCAGGGUACUUCACUUGUAGCAAAACCAUGCCUGGUUCACUUGGUCAUGAAGAACAAGAUGCCAAUACCUUUGCUGCUUGGGGCAUCGAUUAUUUAAAGUAUGAUAACUGUUAUAAUGAUGGCUCAAACCCAACUGUUAGAUACCCUGUAAUGACCCGAGCUCUGAUGAAAGCAGGCCGUCCCAUAUUCUUUUCUCUGUGCGAGUGGGGAGAUAUGCACCCUGCUUUAUGGGGUGCCAAGUUAGGAAAUAGCUGGAGAACUACAAAGGACAUUUCUGAUUCAUGGGAGAGUAUGGUCUCCAGAGCAGACAUGAAUGAAGUUUAUGCUGAAUAUGCCAGGCCUGGUGGUUGGAAUGAUCCCGACAUGCUUGAAGUGGGAAAUGGAGGAAUGACAAAAGAUGAAUAUGUAGUCCAUUUUAGCAUAUGGGCCAUAUCAAAGGCUCCCCUUCUUCUUGGUUGUGAUGUGAGGAAUAUGUCAAAAGACACUCUGGAGAUCGUUGCAAAUAAAGAGGUCAUCUCUGUCAACCAAGAUCCACUUGGUGUCCAAGCUAAAAAAGUCAGACUGGAAGGAGAUCUUGAGAUCUGGGCUGGACCACUUUCAGGGUACAGAGUAGCUUUACUCCUUAUCAACCAAGGACCUGAGAACAAUACCAUUACAGCUCAAUGGGAAGACAUAGGGCUCCCCCCAAAUACUGUUGUUGAAGCAAGAGAUCUUUGGGAGCACAAGACACUGAAGAAGCUAUUUGUUGGAAACUUGACAGCCUCCGUGAACUCUCAUGCAUGUAAAAUGUAUGUGUUGAAGCCAAUCUCAUGACCAUCAGAAAGGAAUUCAGUUGGAUAUUCUGCAUUUUAUAGCUGCAGAUGGAUGAGCUUCAUCAUUAAUAAUGUCUUCUCCUUAUUAUAUAUUAUACCUGAAACUGAAUUGCAUAAUAUCUUAAGUCAAGAUCGUUUCACAAUAAGCACAAACACAGUACUGUAGAAAUCAUAAACCAAUAGCUUAAAGAGUUUCCUAGUUUCUCUAGGUGAUUACCAUAAGGACCAGCAUCAAUUGGGGUACCAUUCACGGUAGUCAUCUUCUCAGCAACUCAGCAACACAACUGCAAUCUCACAAUACACAAAACCAAGGAAAAUCUUCUAUG